CUAUAACAAAGAUUUUGGUAGUGAUACCUUUUAUGUGUUACAUGUACAUGCAGUCUAAAACUCCACUGCAUUGUGCAUGUAGAAACCAGAUGGUUUGUACUUGGUUUCAAAACUGCUCAUCCGAGCGAUGAAGACUCGACUCUGCUAGCUAGUAUGAUACUCUCGACUCGGCGUCAUGUCUCGAUGGGUAUCUUAUGCAACGGCCAGGGUGCACUGUGUUGUCAUGCCCUCGGCGCUCGAUCCUGCAAGAUCGAAAUCUCAUGGUACCUGGUAGCUGCUGCAUUAGCUGCGUUUCCACUUUGUAAAUGGCUACUGGUGCACUUGUUGCUGUCGUGCUUCGUCUGCCAACCUUUGAAAGGUCUCCAAGAGUUCCGGAACAUGGCCCACAUCAGGCAGAAUCAAAUGAGCUCCAGUGUCCAAGAGUUGGCUGGUAGUCCCACUCCCAGUCAGGACGCCGACACAGAAUCCAGCAUUUGCAGCUCGUGCCAUGCCAGUAUCCGAAGAUGUAUCCCCCACAACAAUGCAGUGCUGAGGUAGAAUAGUCGUGGCUGUUUCAGCCGAUACCUGCUGACACAAGGUUUGCAGUGGCACGGCACUGGGCUUGCCUUGGGACACUUCAUUGCCACAAAUGGAAAACUGGACAACAUUGUCAAUCCCCCAUCCUUUCAUAGCCUUGUCAGUGCCAUUUCGAUCAUCCGAAGUGCAAAUGGCCACAGUAUAUCCCAACUCUUGACACGCCCUCAUCAUGCCUGGCAAAUCAUCCAUCAAUGGAGUAUCUUGUCCAUGCAAAUCUCCCAGUUCUUCAUGCCAUUGCAGCGUCAGCUCCUUGGUGAUGAUUGUGACGUUCCAUUCAUUUUCAAGAUCCAUUAGGAACGAGUAAACCAAUCCGACAAUGUCAUCCCAUGUUCCGGCCGCGACAGGAGCCGAUGGCACGACAUUGUCCCGGGCGGCAUCCCAUCCAAUCUGUGUGUGGAAUUGCUUUGUCAAGUUUUUGUGUUUCAGAACGCUUUCCACCUUGGCCGUCAUGUGAUGUACCCAUCGACGCAGCGACGCGGUGCAAUCUCCCAAGGUGCCAUCCUUGUCAAAGACGACCAUUUUGGGUGUGGUGGGCGAAUCUCGCAACCGUUUGACAAAGGCAGCAGCGGCAGCUUGGGCAGAUUCUUCUUGGACCAUCUUGUUUUCGUAAAGGCAAAGGAAGGACGGGUCGUUGUCACUUUGUGAUCCUUCAAACAGGACCAGUUCUUUCGGAAUGAGGGGUUGCUUCAUCAUCGUGUGGUGGCUGUGGUACCGGUAGGAAGAGGGAUCAAAGGCAAAAGAAGGAAGGAUUGAAGGGAAGAGCAAUAAUGACGCAAGAAAGCAAUCAAACGUGAUGAUGAGCCUGACCGCGUUCAUCAUCGGUCCAGCAACCAUAGUAGAUUCGAUAAACUUUGCAGUGCAAGUGCGUGGAUGAAUCUGAUGCUACGGUAUAGCCUUGGCACUGCAUAGCUUGUUGCUGUCACUUCCGGUUCAGAGAGCUUUCCCAUUGCCACCCGUUGAUUCUUGGGCGAAGAAUCUUUGCACCACAUCUUUGGAGAGGUCGAAUCUUUAGUCCCUCACGUGACUUAUUCAAUCCUGCUGACGACUGCUUCGUGUCAAACAAAUCCAAAUCCACAACCAAAUCCAUCGACGCACACACCACAAGCAUGCGCACAAGCCAGGCAUGUCAUCCUGUUGCCCAUGUCAUCUCCAGGUGGUGCUGUUCUGCACUGGCAAUGGCGCCGAUGCGAACUCGUACCGUCCUCGACGAGACGAGAGUCAAUGGUGGAACCGAAGAGAUGCCUUGGUCAGAUGUGUGGCAGCUUUCUUGUUUGGUCCAAGGAACAACAGCAACGAGGAUAGUCGGGAACUGAUCUUGUUCUAUGAUGGAGAUUAUUGUCGUGUCCACAUGAAGUUGGAAAAAGAACUCAGUGACAAUCAACAAGAAGAUGAUGAUGAUGAUGCGAUUCCGACCGAGUUUACAAUCAUUGCUCUCUGGAAACAGGCAAUCACAAGAGCCAUUCAAACCUCUCAUAAGUCAGGAACAAGCAAGGCUACUAUUGAAGAGCUCACCGUUCGCAAGGGACGACUGUGCUGCUGGGCUGUUCUGUCCUCCCUGUCGCCACCAUCUGACAACAACAACCACAAGUCAGGUGGAAGCGCUACCAGAGUGAUUCAGGAUUGGAGCAAGCGACAACUUUUGGAGUGUCUUCAGAAAGAGUGCUCUAUGGAAUUCUUACGGGAACACAAACUCAAUUCUGCUCCCAAUGUCAUUCUUCGCAAAGCCAAUCGAACAGCACUGGCCAAAGUCUAUCAUGUGUGGCAUCGACAAAACAACGCGACAAGUACUAAGAAGAACCCAAAAUCAACCUCAAAGGACUCUGCAACAGAACAGUUGCAGGCAUUGACUACCAUCUUUCAAGAAAUUCUGCUACCAGCAGGACAACACCAAGGUCAACUAAUUGCUGCCACGUUGCACGAGUCUUCGGACUGCGAAUUGCCGUGCUUUGGCGACAUUCAACACUCGGCACAACAACAACAAGACAACAAUAAACCACUCCACUUGUGUCUGUUUUUGGGCGCUGUUCGGGACAUGAUUCCGAUAGAAUAUCAGGCAUUGGAAAAGGCUUGCAGCACAUCCAGCACUGCAAUACCCUUGGUCAAGGUUCGACUGGGGAGUGUUCCCGAGUUCACUAGCAAGAUUCUGGCCCUUGUGGCCUUUCAUCAUGCCCAACAGCGGCUGGGACCUGCUAUGCAACGCUUGGUACAGCAAGCCACGGGCAAACGGAAACGGGAGGAACCCAUAUCAACAACAACACGCUCGAACCAUCGACCUGCACAGCUGCACAUUAUUUGCUUGUUGCCACUCCAACCAAGGCAAAUUGUGACCGACUUGGAACAGCGGGAUCGGACGCUCUGGUGUCUGGUACGAGUACUGGUGUGCAGUUUGUGGCGGAGUCGAUUGGCGGGUGCCGGCCAUUCGUCGCCGUUGGAGAAUACCGUCACGUUGAUACUCUUGAAUGGGACCGUGGUCACACUCCAUCAAAAAGAAUGGGUGUUGUCUUUGGCCGAACAGCAUCAAGCGGCUCCUUCCGAGUUUCAAGUGUUGAAUGCAUUGGUUGAAAAGAUACAACAACAAGAACAAAACGUAGAAACGAACGAGCCUGAAGAAGCAUUCUGGAAUGAAAAACGUGCUACUCAAACUAUGAAUGCACUUGUGGCUGCAUCCCAACAUCAGGAGGAAUCUUCCGAACCAAGUACUGUUAUCAGCCUGGAGCCCCACUUUAGCGGUGCAACGGACUUGACACGGCGUUUCUACAAAGAAGCUGGCGUCGAGGCAAGGGCUGGUCGAGACCUAUUUGUUCUAUUGCCGAUUGGACCACGACAACAAACGACACGCGGCGACAACCGAGUCCAUUCUAUAUUUUUCCAAGCUCUAAACAACAACCCAAAGUUUCAAGUGUCGCGUCAAUCAAUCGUUACUCCGAUGGUUACGAGUGCUGGCGACCCAAAAGCAAAAGCAGACGACGCAAAGAUGUGCACUGACGGGGAAGCGUCGAGCGUCGCCAUCCUGCAGCACUUCCUUUACCAGGACAGAUUGUUCCUGGGUGGAAAGUUGUCCCAUACUGCCAAUCAAGUCAAGCCAAAAGACAAGGAAGACACCAAUGCAGAAAGACGAAAGAAGAAACGAAAAAAGGAAAAAAGAAGCGAAAAGAGCUAGCUAGCUAGUUAGGCGACAAUGUGCAUCCACGCGAAGCAGCAACGUGUGACUCUCCUCUUCAACGUUCAUAAAAAAGAGGCCUACGCUAUCGAAAGAAUCCGACGAAGCGGCGGGCUCAGCGAAGACACCAAUGAUCCGUCGGACUCUUGCGCGUUGCGUCUGGCUACGUACGGUAUCCAAUGACUGUUCCAGUGCUCGUUGAUGUUCCACGUUGAGUUGUCUCGCUGGAGCUUCCAUGUUGAGUUGUCUCGCUGCAGCUUCCACGUCGAGACUCAGGGGGAAUGUUCAGUGAGGUCUUUCAGUUUCCGGCUGUGACAAUACUGCCACAAAACAGCUUUCGAAACAUUCACAUGUUUUGUCAGCUUCAACCAAAAUCAAUGACAACAAGACGGUUGUCUUUAACGUUGGCGGAACAAAAUAUGAGGUCGCAAGGAGCACCAUUGAAGCAUACCCCAAGACUAUGCUGGCCCGUUUGGUUUCGGAAACUUGGAAACAACCCAACAAAGAGGAGAUCUUCAUUGAUCGGGACGGGCUGCAGUUCCGUUACAUCUUGAACUACAUGCGCACCCAAAACGUCAAUCUUCCAGCUUGCAUUUCCAAGGCUUCGUUCCAAGAAGACUUGCAGUAUUAUGGGUUUGAGGAUGUGCCUGAUGAUGCAAUUGCAGGUAGCAUCAAUUAUGACGCAGCCACGCGUGUGGUGGCCUGCAAGCAGAUAUACCAAAAAAAGCUGGAAAGGAUUGGCAUAGCUAUUGAGGAUUUGCAGAGACAGAGGGAUUUCACCGAAAUUGCAUUUGCAUGUUUUAAUGUCUACGUCAGGGAUGGCAAACAUGAGCUCAAAGUAUGCGACAUACUAGUACAGUCUCAGUUCAAAAGCUAUUUCCGCGCAUGUCAUGGAGUUACCGGUAUUCGAUUGCCUCUUGCGGGAGAUAAGUUGGAUUGCUUUCAAGAGUGCCUGGCUCCGUACGGGCUUCGGUACGUUUCUCAUAGUUCCUCGGAACUGAAGGUAGAGGCACUUUCGUCCGAGGCUGUUGCUGACAGUUGAGUUUGAACAUUCACGCAAGUCCGACUUGUGCGUAAUAAUAAUGCAAAAUUAAUUAUGAAGAGCACGUCUUAUCUAAUUUCCAUACUAGGAUGAUGAUUUCACAUCCUCUAGCUUGUAUAG